AUGGCGGCCCCCUCCAAGUCGUCCCAGAAGGCCAAGAAUGUGGCCAUCGCCCUGCUGGCAUUGUGGUCCAUCGUCUCUCUCAUUGUAAUCGUGGUUUGGGCAACGUCUCCGGACCUGAAGAGCUCGGCGCAGUGUCGGGCCGAGCUACAGGACAUCAGGGAGAAGCUGGAGGGCGCUAAGGUGGUGUGGGGGAAGGACCGGGUGGCGCUGGAGGAGAAGGUGGAGAAGGAGAGGGAGGAGCAGGUUCGCCUAACGGCCAACAACGUGCUGCUGCUGGGACGCCUGAACGCCACCAACACCUCGCUGGAGGAGUGUCGGCAGGAGAACGUCAGCAAGCUGAUCGUCCUUGACCCUCAGAAGCGCCUCAGUGUCCGGGAGGCUCUGCAGCACCCCUGGGUGCUGGGUAAAGCCGCCCGCUUCUCCCACAUGGACACCACUCAGAGGAAACUACAGGAGUUCAAUGCUCGACGUAAGCUCAAGGCUGCUAUGAAGGCUGUCGUUGCCACCAGCCGCAUGCACGAGGGAUCGCGACGUCGUACCGACAGCUGUGAAAUUCCAAGCUCAGGGGCUUCCAGGCAGAGCAGCAUGCAGCAGGACCCGCCCCCUGAUUCCACAGACCCCACCCCUUCAGACAAAGAACCCCCGCCCUCAGAUCAACAGCCACAGGAUGACGAAUCAGAUCCCACCGACAAAAGUGCUCUCAGCCCCUUGUCUCCACGCGUUCUCAAAUCCCCCAGCUCCGAUGUCACGCCCACAGACGCCGCCCCCACCAGGCCGCCAUUGCGAGCCGACGGGCUGCGGCAGAUGUCUGUCAGUCCUAAAACUGUGCUGGUCCAACCCCCACUGCAGCAAAAGAGCUGCUCCAUGGUAGAGCCCACCUCUGGAGUCGAGGCCACGCCUGUGAGGGCCACGCCCCCGUGUCCCAACAGCCUCACUAAUGGCUUCACACCAGGGGCGGAGCCAGCCAAUCAGAUGCCCCACUGCCAGUGAUCACCUGACAGAGUGGUCUCAGUUUCACACAAUCAACAAUCACGAGGUUCAGCCGUUUAGCUCCAACUUCAUUAAUUGCACCAGAGCAUUUUUCCUGUAACCACAUCUUCCACUGCUGUUAAUCAACUAUUGCUAACAUGCUAACAGCUGCUGGUGUCUAUAGGUUGUCUGAUUUCAGGACUCUUACUGUGGUAAGAAAAACCCCAGAGCAGCUAACAGACGCCACAAACAAUCACAGCUAACAGGAGCUGCUGAAACUAAAAGCUAACUGAACAGGAGCGCAGCCCUGAGCUCGUGGUUAUGACGUGAGAAGUAGCGUUAACGUGUACUGGGUGUGGUCAAGUAUGAGGAAAAUGCUGCUAGGCAACAGAAACAUGGAUGCUAAUAUUCAAAUUCCUGUUUGAGACCAGUUCAGCGAGCUAGCAGUCAGCUAAUAAAUGCACGAAAUAAAAGUGAAAAGUCGAAGCUAAUCGAAACAUCAACAUUUUCUUUGAUGGAAAAUUAAGAAAAACAAGAAAAAUGACAGAUUAUUAUUUUAUCAUAAAUGAAAAAUGAACUUCCAUGAACUCCGCCAUGAAAACGUCAAAACGUGUCAGUGUUCAUGAGCUCUCUCUCUGGGGUGGUGACCACCACAAGAGGGCAGCGUUCACAUCCACUUCUGACAUCAUAUCGAUAAAAAGAAAACUACUGUUAAACUCCUCCUGUUGAAAACAGUUGUGAUAUUAAAACAUUGCUGUUUUAGUAAAUUCUUUAUUUCUCAGAGAUUUAAAUGUAUCUCUGAAUAUAUAAUAUUAGUGUUAAUGUUGAAUUGGUGGUUUAUAUUCCAUUGAUAAUCACUAUCACUGGUUUAUUGGAUAUGACAUGAACACAUUGUCAUUAACAUUAAACCCUCAGACUCUUCAUGGCUCAGAUCAAACUAAAAUGGCGUCUCUGUGUUUGCUUCUUACCACAGAACAGCUGAACGUGAACCAAUGAAAAAAAGUUCAACGAUGCUGGAAACAUCUGGAAUCACAGCUGCUGUUCACACAUGUUGAUAACGUUAUGUUGCUGUGAUCAGAGUCUGAAGCUUCACGUUGGUUCAGGUUUCAUCUGUUAGUUUUAGUUUCACGUUGUGAUUCAGGGACUAAAGAAUUUUGUCUGACACACGUCCGUCCUGUCCUCAUCACCUACGUGGGCGUCGUCUAUACCUGUACUUGACUCUGAUUGGUUUGUAGACGGCGUCUGAUAUGGCCAUGUUGUCAGUGGGGGGGUAGUGGUCUUUCUGUUUGAAUGGAGGACAUGAAUGAAGCUUCAUCUGGUUGCCAUGGUAACAUCAUGAUGUAUCAUUAGCAGCAUUAGCACCUUCAUGUGCAGUACUCCACAGUACUACAGUACUCCACAGUACUACAGUACUC